AUGGGACAUCAUGACAAGCGAACAUUCGAGGUUGAUCCUCAGCUUGCUGAAUUCGACAUACCAAUCCAUGACUUCUUUUCUUCGAAACCCGAGUAUACAGCCUUUAUAAUCGGCGCGUAUAUAUUUUCAUCAGGCAAAGGGGACGAGUACUAUACCCCCCAGUCGCCAGCAACUUCGACUGCCAAAACAGAAACCAAGGCAGAUACCAGCGAUAAUCCAGCUCUGAGCCAUGAAGCCAUGGGAACUACACGGCCCCACGCCUUGCUGCUUCGGAGAUCUCUGUCUGACUCCCUAGGCGGCUUAUGGGAAGGCCCCGGAGGCUCUUGCGACAGUACAGAUGCGACAGUGCUCGACAGUGUAGCGCGAGAAGUCCUUGAAGAAACCGGGCUACAUGUUUCUCGCAUACGCAAGCUGGUUGCAGUUGACCAGUGGAACAGAGACAGAGGACUUGCAUCCGGGCCUGAGAAGCGAGGAAUGGCCGUCAAGUUCUCGUUCGCCGUCGAUGUCCAUGAAGCGAACCCUAAGGCAGAUAUCUUCAACCCGGACUGGGAGCAUAACAUCAAACUGACACCGGGCGAACACGAACGGUAUCGAUGGGUGACGGAGGUAGAUAUCAAAAGAUAUCUUGCUGGCGAGGACGAGAUCAAGCUCACAUUUCCUUCAACUGCGGCAAACUAUCUCCAGGCUUUCGAUGUGUAUAAUCGUUAG